ACAAACAAUCCUCGUUGUUAUUACUUCUCUCUCUCUCUUUCUCUCUCUCUCUCUCUCUUGGCUUCAGUUUUCAAGAUCAAUCUACCACUAUGUCUCCUCUUCUUGUUUGCCUUCUCAUAUGUUUUUUUAUGCAUGCAUGCAACGCUCGCCACAUAGGCCUCAGUGCCAAGGAAACUCGGAAACAAGACUUUGCCAAGGAUGCACAUAAAGUUAAUCUAUGUGAGACUUCAGUUUCAUCAGAAAUGAUCCCUUCAAUUCCAGAGGAAUUUGAAGCAAAAGAACGAGAAAAAGUUGGUAAGAUAGACAGGAGGACGAUCCAUGAAAAUUUUCUUGGUGCAGGAACUUAUCCGAAGAAUGUAGAGGCCCUUUUUAAGGAAGAAGAAGGCACAAAAAAAGCGCCUUCAGGCGCAGGACAUGAGCUUAUUGUAUCUUCUCAGAGCCAUUUGCAACAGAUCAUUAAAAUAGAGGGCUCAGCACCAAGUGAUACCAAAAAAGCUUUAGAACUGAGCGAAAAUGGCAUUGUGGAAGACGCGGUAGUCAUGGAUUAUGCACAGCCCCAUCGAAAACCUCCUAUCCACAAUGAAAAACCCUAGAUCAAUAUUUUCUCACUUAUUGUAUAGUUAUUAUAUUUUGUUUUGUUUUGUUCUGUUAUCGUACCCCUUUUAAGUUCUCCUUCUAAUGAGAAUAUGUUUCAUAAGAAAUGCCAUACGAUGUAAGGUAAAGAAAAACAACUAGUUUCCAAGAUCAGUACUACUCGUCUUAUUAUUAUCGUCAGCAAUAAUAAGAAU